AUCAGUCGAUUGAUCUGUUUCCUCAACAUUGGAACAUUUUAUUUUUUAAAGUGUUGAUAUAAUUUGUAAAUUUAUUUAUUGAAUGUAUAUAAAAGUGGAUUUAUUUAUAAAUAAUAAUUACAUUGUUAAUAAAAAUAAAUUGCCAAGUGUUGAUGGAGAAACGUGAUCAUAUUAAAUAAUUAAUUUUAUUAAAUUAACAAUAUUUUAAAUUAUCAUCAAAGGUCAUGGAAAAUGCAACUACUAAUGCAUCAUCUUUAUUAACAAAAAUACUUGAAAAAGUUACAACUGAUGUUACAAAGCUAUUGUACAAUGUUACAAUGAAUGAAGAGUAUACAGGAUUUACAGAUGGAUUAAAUGAUACAACAACAGCAUCAACAACAUCAACAACAACAACAACAAAACCAACAACAAGAAAACAAACAACAACAACAUUAUUAUCAUCAACAUCAACAGUAGUAGCAACAACAACAAGACCAACAACAUCAACAACAACAACGACAUCAAUACCAUUUGAAUUAUUUAAAUUAAUAACAACAAAUGAGCCAGAUUAUGAUGUUAAUAAUAAUUCAACAACAAAUAAAUCAAUAUGUACAAAAUUAAUAACAACAUCAACAACAACAGAAAAACCAUUUGAUGAAUUUGGACCACCAGAAGGACUUGAGUAUAUAUUUGUACCACUUGGUGUUAUGAUAUUUGUCAUUAUACUAUCUGGUGUGGUAUUAAUUAUGUCAAGAAAACGUAAACUUGAAGUAUUGAAAAAUCGUUUAAUGCCAUUGUAUAAUUUAGAGCCUGGUGAUGAAGCUGAAGAUGAUUGGGAAACAGAAUUACUUGAUGAAACUUUAAGUGGACGACAAAGACGAAAAAAUUAAUUUUUUUUUAACAGCAGGGUUAUCAAACAAUGGAACAUGAAGAUAAUCAUGAAUUAUAUUCACAUUGACAAAAAAUAACUCGGAUAAGUGAACCGAGUUAUUAUGAUGAUAAUCCAAUGAAAAUACCAACGAGAUUUUUACCAGGUUCAAAUGAUAAUUGUAAAAAAAAUUAUACACGUAAAGAUAAUGAUAGCAAUGAAAUUGUUGAAUUACAAACAAUUAGUAAUGAUGAAGAACAAUGCUGACAGUGUUCACGUACCACAAAAAUAUAAAUAUUAUUUUUAUUUUUGUGGUAUUUACCAAAGAAAUAUAUAAUUAUUUUUUUAAAGCUGCAAUGAUUGGGACGGGGGGAGGUUUUAAUGGGCCAAAAACAUAAAAAUCGAAAUUAACGAAAUUAAAAAAAAAAAACAUAUAUAAAAAUGAUUAUGAAAAAUUUAAAAUUAAACAGAGAAAAAAAAAUAAUAAAUGAUAAUAUUUUGAGGAUAAAUUGAUAAUUAAAAAUUUAAUUUUUGAAAAAAAAACUACAGUGUAAUUUAAUUAGUAAAAUUAAUAUUUAAAAGGAUAGAAAUUUAAAAAUUUAGUAGAUUCUAAAAAUCGAAAUAAAUAUUAUAUUUAAAUUUGGCACUAAUUACAAUAAAUAAAAGUGCUUGGAAUUAUUAAAUUUUUUUGUGGUUUAAUUGAUGAUAAUAUCAGGUAGAAUUUUGAAGAUAAAUUUAGAUAUAAUUGCUCACGAUAAUUGCACAUUGCACAUGAAUUUAAAAAAAAAUAUUUUGCGAGUACCUAAAAUUGUUUUAAAACUUGCCAAAAGUUGCAGGUUUGUUAAAAUGAUUAUUCAAAUAAAAAUAAUAAAUCUAUAUUUAAAUAUAUUUAAUAAAAAUCAUUGACUUAAUAAAAUUGCAGAUAAUGACAAUCUGUCGUGUCAAUUUAUUUGAAAAAUAAAUAUUAGAAAAUUAAAAAAACAAAAGGCCUUUUUCUACUUGGCAAUUUGAGUUUGUCGAAAUGUCGAAAUUACUCUGCGAUAUCAUAGAAUAAAUUAGUAUUAAAAAAUAAUUAUAAUGACCGCCUGUGAUAGGAUCUCUUUCACUUGUUUUAUAAUUUAUAAAAAUUAUAUAUUUUUUUUUUUCUUAAAUUAAUUAUAAAUACUGUUAGAUAAUCAAUUUGACUUAAUUUUUUUCAGUAGCUUCCAAAGCAAUUAAUUCAAAUUAAAAAGUAUCCACAUUAAUUGUAGCUAUGCCUAAUAGAAAUUUAAAUAAAAAAAUAUAAUGUAUAUUAAUUUUCAAUUAAUAAAAUAUGGUUUUAAAAAAUUCAUUAAUUAAA